GAGACAGACCGACCAGAAGCGCUGGAGAAACUGAGGUUCUCGCAGAGCCCAGUGGAGCGAGAGACCAAGACAGGCAGGGACUCGAGGCACAGGAGGAGGCUACCGAGACCAUUGAAACAAGGACACACCGGGCGUACAGUGUUACCGGUGGACAGACCCGAGACAUGGGGGCCGUCCCAGGCUUUCUGGCGCAUUUUCAGAAAACAUACGUGGGACCCCAGCGAACACAUUCCCUGGGGCCCUUCCCCAGGCCUUGGAGGUGCCCUGAGGCUUGGGCGUCAUUGGCCUCAGGCUGAAUCUGCUCUCUGAGGCCUGCAGAGACACUCAGAGACUAGAGACAGAGACACUCAGGUAUGCAGAGGUGGCGAAAGAGACUUGGAUAUAGAGACAGAGAAAGGGAUGUGGUGGGGAUUGAGACAUUCAGCCAUGUAGACAAGAAGAGACCAAGACUUGAGAUCCACAGAGGCAUGGGCCGCCGGGGGACAGCCAGUCAAGGGUUCUCUCUCCUUGCCACGAUGAGCGAGUCAUUUGACUGUGCAAAAUGCAGCGAGUCCCUGUAUGGACGCAAGUACAUCCAGACAGACAGCGGCCCCUACUGUGUGCCCUGCUAUGACAAUACCUUUGCCAACACCUGCGCCGAGUGCCAGCAGCUUAUCGGGCAUGACUCGAGGGAGCUGUUCUAUGAAGACCGCCAUUUCCACGAGGGCUGCUUCCGCUGCUGCCGCUGCCAGCGCUCACUAGCCGAUGAACCCUUCACCUGCCAGGACAGUGAGCUGCUCUGCAAUGACUGCUACUGCAGUGCGUUUUCCUCGCAGUGCUCCGCCUGUGGGGAAACUGUCAUGCCUGGGUCCCGGAAGCUGGAGUACGGAGGCCAGACAUGGCAUGAGCACUGCUUCCUGUGCAGUGGCUGUGAGCAGCCGCUGGGCUCCCGUUCCUUUGUGCCCGACAAGGGUGCUCACUACUGCGUGCCCUGCUAUGAGAACAAGUUUGCUCCUCGCUGCGCCCGCUGCAGCAAGACGCUGACACAGGGUGGAGUGACAUACCGUGAUCAGCCCUGGCAUCGAGAAUGUCUGGUCUGUACCGGCUGCCAGACGCCCCUGGCAGGGCAGCAGUUCACCUCCCGGGAUGAAGAUCCCUACUGUGUGGCCUGUUUUGGAGAACUCUUUGCACCUAAGUGCAGCAGCUGCAAGCGCCCCAUCGUAGGACUCGGUGGAGGCAAGUAUGUGUCCUUUGAAGACCGACACUGGCACCACAACUGCUUCUCCUGCGCCCGCUGCUCUACCUCCCUGGUGGGCCAAGGCUUCGUGCCGGAUGGAGACCAAGUGCUCUGCCAGGGCUGUAGCCAGGCAGGGCCCUGAGCCAGGCUCCUGGACCCAGGCUUUCCCAUACCACGGGCCCAGGACUGUAGCUCCUUUUCUAAACCACCUCUGGGACUUAGCCCCACCCCCCAACCAAAAAAAAUGGGUCGCCCUCUGGGCUCCAGGAUUGUUUCUCCACGCCAGCAUCCCCAAACUGGUACUCCCUGACCCAGGCCCCCAAACCUGGGCUCUUAUAGAGCCUCCAUGAGUCAAGCUGCCUCCCCACACCUGGACUCCAGAACUCACCCUCUCCCCUGCAGUCUGGGUUCCCAGACUGAGUCCUCUCCCCAAAUCAGGGCUCUAGACCCCAGCCCUCCAAACCUGGGCUCUGGGACUUAGGCCCCCUUAAAUCUAGACUUCUCUUUAUAGGUUUUAGGUCUCCUAUGGGUGCCUGAGAAGUCCUCAAAAGUGGACUGUUCUCAAGCUUGACCUGCCCCACCCCAUCCCCCCGGGGCUGAGGCUGUGGGGACAGCGAUCAGGGGCCCACCGAUGAGGGGGCCCUAGGGUACAGGGUGCUGCCCAGCUGGUGGCCACCGAGUGUCUUCUCAUUUUAUUUCAGCUCCAUUUUGCCCAUAGAUGGGCAGAGGGGUGAGAUUGGCUCACCCCCCUUCCAGAUUCUGCAAUAAAGCGGUGUGAGGAAGCAGG